GACUGCUCCUGGAGAUCCCGGGGCCGGGCCGGGCUGGGCUGGGCUGGGAGUAGAGAAGUGCUCCCCCGGCACGCGGGUUGGGGGUGUGCUCCUAGCUGCAUGCGUGCGGUGCCCAGUGGCGGAAGUGGGCAGGUGGCAGAAGAUGGGGCGAGGCCGAAGACAGCAGGACCCUGACAGCCGGACAGUUAUGUAGGGGAGCACCUCCCGCGUGACUCCUUGAUCUUCAAACUCAGCCCAUCAGAAGUUUUCCUGACUUCUCUUCCGGGCCCUCCGGCAUGGCGAUGGCAGUAGCCCAGAAGUUCAACCACCUUCUGUCCAGCCUGUGGCACGUGGGCCAGAAGCCUCCGCAACCAGAACCUGUGUUUACAGUGGACCGGGCCCAGGUGCCGCCACUUUUCUGGAAGCCGUACAUCUAUGCUGGCUACCGGCCGCUGCAUCAGAACUGGUGUUUCUACUUCCGCACACUGUUUCAGCGGCACAACGAGGCUGUGAACGUGUGGACCCACCUCCUGGCGGCCCUGGCUCUGCUGCUGCGGCUGAUCGGCUUGGCGGCAAGUGUGGACUUCCGGGAAGACCCUCACGCGCUGCCCCUCUUCUUCAUCGUCUUGGCCUCCUUCACCUACCUCUCGUUCAGUGCUGUGGCUCACCUCCUGCAGGCCAAGUCGGAGUUCUGGCAUUACAGCUUCUUCUUCUUGGACUAUGUGGGUGUGGCCGUGUACCAGUUUGGCAGUGCCCUGGCACACUUCUACUAUGCCAUAGAGCCGUCCUGGCAUGACAAGGUGCAGGCUAUUUUCCUGCCCACGGCCGCCUUCCUGGCCUGGCUUUCCUGCGCUGGCUCCUGCUACAACAAGUACAGCCAGAAGCCGGGUCUGCUGGGGCGCAUUUUCCAGGAGGCGCCAUCGGCGCUGGCCUAUGUGCUGGACAUCAGUCCCGUGUUGCACCGCAUCAUAGUGUCUCCCCUCCCUGCCGAGGAGGAUCCCGCUCUUCUCUAUCACAAAUGCCAAGUGGUUUUCUUCCUUCUAGCUGCUGCCUUUUUCUCCACGGUUAUGCCUGAGAGUUGGUUCCCCGGCAGCUGUCACAUCUUUGGGCAGGGACACCAAGUUUUCCAUGUCUUUUUGGUGCUGUGCACUCUGGCCCAGCUAGAGGCGGUGACACUGGAUUAUCAGGCCCGGAGGGGCAUAUACGAGCCUCUGCACGCCCGUUGGCCCCACAACUUCUCUGGCCUCUUCCUGCUCACCGUGGCCAGCAGCAGCCUCACUGCGCUCCUCCUCAGCCAGCUGGUGCGGCGCAAACUCCAUCAGAAGACCAAGUGAAAGCGGGUGGGUGGGAGCUGGCAGGGUGAGAGAAGGUGCUAGGGACAAAAGCCUGGACUUGGCUCCAGAUCGGAACAAGGCCUGGUAAAGCUGGUUCUAUCUGGCAGGCCAUGACUCCCUGCAUACAAGCUCAAUGGCCAAAGUGAUGCUGCUAGCCAAUCCUUGGGCCUGCAGAUUGGCUGGGAGCUGUAGAGCCUUGCUCAGUUCCCUGGGAGGGGCAGAGAUGAAGGACUCCUGACUGCCCCUCCCUUGCCGCCUAUCAGGGCUAAGGGUUGGAGUUCAGCUUUGGUCACCACACUGGUUUGGGGUUUUCAGGUUGCUGGGCGAGAAGACUCAGGCCAGUGUCAAAUUUGAGCAGAGAGGGAGUGGAAGUCUUAGCAGCCACCACCUACCAGAGCUCACUGGUGGAGGGAAAAGAAACAGGCCCAACGAUGGGUAGUGUUUUAACUUCACUGUCCCCUGCACCACAGCCUGGAUCGCUGGGUUCCAGAGAGUCUCCAAAGAUAAGAGAUCCCCUCUCCUGCCCACAUCCCUGCAUCACAGCCCAGCCAGAAAGCCUCACAGCUAGCAUUGGCCUGUAUCUCUUGCACACUGUUUCCAGCUUCUCCCCACAACUCAUUUAUGAUUUUGAGAUAUGACUCCUUAGCUCACUGUUUCCUGGGGCUCCAGGCUUUAGAACCGUUAGGAAUUGUCAAGGAAAACUCAAAGUGCUGACUAGUCAGCACUGCAGGGCACGCAGAGCCUUGGCUUAGGAAGGGUGAGGAGUUUGCAGGCUGAGCUUAGAAGGGCGUUGCAGGCAAAAGGGAAGCCUGUACCGAGAUUCGAGAUGCAGAGAUGCAGGGAGUUCAGGGGGGCUAAAGGCAAGUUUGGUCCCUGGGGCUGAGAGCCAAGGCUGGUCCCUGAUAUGCCCUAGAUUCAAUAAAAUGACUAUGAUAUUGCUUCCUCUUUGUUUUGACUCCUGUUCCAGGGAGGGGCCCUGUUCACAGGAGGUGGGAUUUUUGUGUUUUUUUGGGUUUUUCUUGUUUGCUUUUUUGCAUGAAGCUGCAGGUGCUGAAGGGGUGCAUGUGGAGCCGUAGGGGUUCAUGGUACAUUUUUACCAAAGGGUAGAACUGUAAGACCCCCGGAGCUGGGCCUCUGCUCAAGUCCCGGGAUGAGCUGGCCAACACCCCAACGUCCCAAGAGAUAACCCACCUGAUGCAAAUUGCAAGAGGUUUUAUUAUCAGCUAGCUGAGGACGAACCCCUGGCACCUAGAAGGGCAGGGGAGUUCCACCCAGAGCAGUGACAGUAGAGGGCUUUUAACAGCUAGCUGAGGAGUUGGGAGGAGUUGGGAAGAGUUGGGAGGAGUUGGGAAGAGAGUUCUCUUCCAGGUGUCCUUGGUGAAAUUUACAAGGCAGGAGUGGGGAGUGAGUUCUUUCUGAAUUUUUAUCUCCCGAGUCCUCCGCACAGGAAGGCAGGCAUCUCUGGUUGUAAAGUAUAGAAACAAAAAGGCUUUUUGCUGGCUAUAGAGAACAAAGAGCUUCUUUCUGGCUGUGUUUUUAGAGAUCAGGGAAAACAAGCUUGGGGAACAUUUAGGGGCUUUACCUUCCAGGGAGAAACACUUUAAGUUGGGGUCUCACAGAACUGUUGUUGGGAAUGCAGUGUGUGUGUGUGUGUGUGUGUGUGUGUGUGUGCGCAUGUGUGUAAUUAUAUUCCUAUCUGGCAUUUUGAGGGAUUAAAGAUCGGCCAGAUUGCCAGCCUGGGAAACAGAGAGAUUCUGUCUGGAAGUAAAGAAAGGACUGGGAACUGCUCAUGAAGAGCCUUGCAUGAGACACUUCAUUCAGUCCCCAGAACUGCAGAUGAAUAAGGAAACAGAUAGGACAUGUCCCGCCACUUAUAAUAUAUUCUAAGGGUUUUCGUGUAAUACAUAUGAAAUUCAUAUAUAAAAUUUAUAUAAAACCAGACAUACGAAAAGUUACAAGAAAUAUUCACCCAGGGCUGGAGAGAGGGCUCACUGGUUAAGAGUGUGUCCUGCCCUUCCAGGAGAUCUGAGUUUGAUUUCCAGCACACAUAUUGGGUGGCUCACAAUCUCCUGUAACUCUAAAUAAUAAUUACAAACUUUCUUUUAGUUCUGCUUUGAACUGACAGAGAUCUGCCUGCCUCUGUCUCUCAAGUGUUUGCAUUUAAGCCUCCCAUGCCUGCUAGACAAGCACUCUAACAAAUGAAGUUACAGCCUCAUCCCUGGAUUCCAAUUUUGUUUCUUUUGUUUUUUUUUUUGAAACAGUGUUUCUCUGUCCUGGAACUUGCUCUGUACACCAGGUUUGUUUUGUAACUCACAGAAAUCCACCUGCCUCUGCUGGGAUUAAAGGCCUGUGGUUCCACCACCCAA